ACCUGUACAGGACUGAUGGGAACACAGAGCUCUCAGCGCAGUGAUGCUGUUACACUGACUGUAUCAGCUGAAGCUCAGGCAGCAGUGCGAGUGUCUCCACAGCCGUGGCUGACUGAAGGAGACUCAGUGACUCUGAUCUGUGAGGUUACAGGCUCCUCUACAGGCUGGACGUUCAGCUGGUUCAGAGAUGAUGAUCGUCUGUCCGACAGCAGCAGAGGAGCUGGAGGCUCUUACACUCUCAGUCCUGCUGCUCUACAGCACACAGGAGUUUAUACGUGCAGAGCAGAGAGAGGACGACCGGCCUAUUACACAAAGAACAGUAACACACAGCCACUGUGGAUCACUGCUGCCAUCGCUCACAGCUCAGAUUUCUGUCUUCUUCAACAUCCUCGCCAGUUUUCUUCUGGCAGCUUGUCCGUAUCUGUGCUGGCGACAGUCGUGUUGCUUUUUCAAAUGCUGCAGAGCCGAGGUAACACUUCUGUCUGA